UUCAGCUUGCACGAAAUAAAUGAAGUUUCUCUCCAAAUUUUUCGAAAAUUCUGGAAGAUAAGAAAUAAAAUUUGAAUAGCAUUGUGCUAGAAAGAAUCUGCUUUAUAUAUAAAACACGAUGGACAAACCAACGAUUAUCGUACAUGUCCAGAAAUCUGUAAAUUAUACCCUAUUUGAUUGCAAGUGGAUUCCAGUCAGUCCCAAGUUUGUGUUGUUGGGACAGUACCCUAAAGACACUGGAGCAUUGCAGGUCUUCGAGGUCUCCCAUGGAGAAUUGAAGCUCGUGAAGGAGGCAGAGAAGCAAACCAGUUUCAAAUGUGGUACAUUUGGAGCAUCUAGUCUACAACAACGCUAUCUGGCUACUGGUGAUUUCAAAGGCAAUCUGAAUAUAUGGAACUUGGAGGACACAGGUUUACCAGUAUACAAAGUGAAGGCACACAAAGAAAUAGUAAACUGCAUUGAUGGGGUCGGUGGUUUAGGAAUCGGGGAAGGAGCUCCAGAGAUCGCUACAGGAAGCAGAGAUGGCAGUGUAAAGGUGUGGGAUCCAAGGCAAAAAGAUGACCCUGUUGCAACCAUGGCUCCAGGGGAAGGAGAGGCUAAACGAGACUGUUGGGCAGUGGCAUUUGGUCAUGCGUACAAUGUACACGAUCGCUGCCUUUGUGCUGGGUAUGAUAAUGGUGAUGUCAAGCUAUUCGAUUUGCGCAAAAUGAAAAUGAGAUGGGAAACGAACCUCAAAAAUGGUGUGUGUGGGGUUGAGUUCGACCGAAAAGACAUUGACAUGAACAAGUUAGUAGCUGCAACCCUUGAAUCAAAAUUCCACGUGUUUGAUCUUCGGACACAACACCCAGAGAAAGGAUUUGCAUCAGUGUCAGAAAAGGCUCAUAAAAGUACAGUCUGGGGUGCCAAACAUCUUCCUCAAAACAGAGAUGUGUUCAUGACGUUGGGUGGAAAUGGUUCUCUGGCUUUAUGGAAAUAUGAAUAUCCGGCAAAGCGUGUUGUCAAAGACAAGGAAGACCGAGAGAUGGGUGCAGCGGGAACAAUCAACUUCGUGCAAAACAUGACAUUAUCGACACAACCUAUCAAUUCGUUUGACUGGAGUCCUGAUAAACUUGGCUUGGCCGUGUGUACGUCAUUCGAUCAGCAAGUCAGGGUCCUGCUCACAACACGAUUGAACACUUUGUAAUUUUCAUUCCGUCCACAGGAACUUUGAGAUUAUCAGAAUAAUGACACCAUUUUCUCCUGGAGAAGUUUAAAGAGAAUCUCAUACUGUUAUCUGUCAAAAAAAUUUGAUUUUCGUGUAUUGUAAUUGUUUGCAAUUUUUGCAAAAAUAAAAUGCCUGCGAAAAUUUGGCAUUGUACAGUAUUGCUGCAGAUCUUUUUCAAAAGGACUGUUGACAAAAUUCGGUUUUUGGUUAAUCAUCGGAGCUUGGUAAGAUUCAUGCUGGAAGUGAUUUAGAAACAUUGGGUGUCAUUCUGCAGAGUCUGGAUUCUGGAUUCUAAAUUAUUUCAUGUUACAAAAUAUAUGAUACAGUUCUCCAUAAACUUGUGAUACUCAUUAUAAGAUCAUAUCAUUACCACAACUCUCCAUUUUCAAAGAAUAGAGAAUUUGUUCUUUCGAAUUGAUUUUCUGCUCUGUGUUAAUAUAUCUUUCAGUUUUGUUUUUA